AUGUUCAGCGGCCAAAGUGACAAGCCGAAGGGCGCAAAACAGACGCCCUCUGUGAAGGCAGGGGCAGAGCGGCGUCAACGGCAGAUGAUCAGUGUGCGGCAAAAGGCCCAUGGGGAAGUCAUGAAGCACGUUCGCGAAGACAAUACGAGUGCCGUUGGGGGGGCUCCAACCCCUGCAAAUGGGGAGCCGGUAACCGCCUGGUCGUUUAACAGCUCUACGUCUCCGGAGGAUGUUCCAAAAGAGUUGUUACCCGAAUUUGUCCGGAUGGUGGUUGAGGGGCAGUCGGAUUCAGAGGUGUAUCAGGGCGUCCUCAUGAUUCGUAAGCUUCUCGCUGUGGAGUUGAACCCGCCGCAUGAUGAGGUGACCCAAAGUGGUGUUAUUCCAUACCUUGUAAAUAUCAUGGAUCGGUUUGAAGCUCCACAACUGCAGUUUGAGGCUGCUUGGGCGCUGACGAAUGUUGCUGCAGGUACCUCAAAGAGUACAAAUUUUCUUGUUGAAUCGGGUGUGGUUCCCCGAUUUGUGGCUCUUUUGAGAUCCGAGCACGCUGACUGCCGCGAUCAAGGAGCUUGGGGCAUAGGCAACAUUGCUGGGGAGGGAGUUUCCUGUCGUAACGUGUUGCUGCAAUGCAAUGCCCUACCGCAUCUUAUUGAUAUCCUCGUGGAUCCCGAGCAACCAAUCAAUGUGGUUCGCAACGCCACAUGGGCUCUAUCUAACCUGGUUCGUGGGAAACCCCCACCGCCCCUAGAGCAGGUUUCAGUCGCCCUUCCAGUUUUAUGCCGUCUUAUUCACCAUUCAGAAAAGGAGGUCGUGGUGGACGCUGGAUGGGCAAUUUCCUACAUAAGUGACGGUCCUAAAGAGCGUGUGCAGGCUGUGAUAGACUCAGGUGUGGUUCCUCGCGUGGUGGAAUUUCUUUCCUCUACUUGUACCCCUCUCCAGACAUCUGGUAUUCGCACCGUCGGAAACAUUGCGAGCGGAGAUGAUACGCAGACGCAAGUUCUUAUCAACUGCGGUGUUUUGCCAUUAUUUGGCUCUCUCCUAAUGCACCCAAGGCGUGAGAUCAGGAAAGAAACCUGCUGGACCAUUUCCAACAUCGCUGCUGGGAGUCCAGUGCAGAUCGAUGCGCUCAUUGCGUCUGAUAUAUUCCCCGUGGUGAUAUCCAACUGUCUCGUCAGUAACGAACUCGAUGUAAGAAAGGAGGCUGUUUGGGCAAUCGCCAACAUCACCCUUUGUGGCAUUGCCCCCCAUCUGCGGUACCUUCUGCAAUGCAAUGUGAUUCCGCCCCUGUGUGACGUCUUGGCGACCCAUGAACCAAGGAUUCUGACAGUCGCACUGGAGGCCAUUCUCGGAUUUCUGCAACUCGGUGAUGAUGAAUACAAGUCAGGAUUGACUGACAGGAACAUGGUGGCAGAGGCUAUUAUGGAAUGCGGUGGUGUAGACUCCAUUGAGCGCAUACAGUCCUAUACAGACAAUAAUGUGUACUGCUUGGCUCUUUCAAUCCUUGAGACAUAUUUUAACGUGGAGGAUGGAGCCCCGAAUGGUGGGUUUGAGACGUCGAUGGAGUUUGGCGACAUCGCAGCGAACCAACAGAACACGGGCUUUGAUUUUUGA